AUGAAAAUCCUCACUGCAAACUUCCUAACUUGCGCCGUAAAGGCUUGCAAGGCCUCCCCAGCUUCUUUCCCCCUCCACUUCUCUGAUGCAGAACUCAAGCAGGAAGAGACAGAGUUCCAAGCAGAUUUCCUACGCAAUAUCCUACCGCGGAUAGACUGGGACGCAUUGGUAGUGACAGCAGGUGAGCUCGGCUUUACCUCCAUAGCAUCCUCAAAACUCGAAGAUGGCGCUCUGGCGGAUGAGCGAUUACAUGAGCUGCACCGAUUCCUGCUCGAAACACAUGUAGUGGAGGGUAAGCUGGUGUGUGGCAACUGCGGGCACGAGUAUCAGAUCAAAGAAGGAAUUCCAAAUUUCUUGUUACCGAGCCAUCUUGUUUGA